UUUGCUCUCCUGACACUGUUAAAUCCCAAAGCCCUGGACCCCUGCUCUGCCUACAUCAGCCUGAAUGAGCCGUGGCGCAACACAGAUCACCAGAUCAACGGCUCCCACGGGCAGCCCACGUGUGACAGCCACAUGGGUGGGGAGUGGUACCGCUUCACUGGCAUGGCCGGGGACGCCAUGCCCACCUUCUGCAUCCCCGAGAACCACUGUGGCACCCACGCACCCAUCUGGCUCAACGGCAGCCACCCUCGCCCAGCCGACGGCAUCGUCCCGCGCCAGGCCUGGGCCAGCUUCAGCUGGAACCCCCCCAUCCAUGUCAAGGCCUGCCCCGGAGGGUACUACGUGUACCACCUCACCCGGCCCAGUGUCUGCUUCCACGCCUACUGCGGCCAUUUCUAUGACAUCUGUGAUGUGGUGGAUUGCCAGGACUCCUGCCUGGACACCAGUGACUGCACAUGUUCCCCAGGGACGACACUUGGACCUGAUGGACAGACAUGCCUUGAUGAGAAUGAGUGUGAGCAGAACAAUGGAGGCUGCAGUGAGUUCUGUGUGAACCUGAAGAACUCGUACCGCUGUGAGUGUGGGGUCGGGCGCACGCUGGGCAGUGACGGCAAAACCUGUGAAGAAAUUGAAGGCUGUCACAACAACAACGGAGGCUGCAGCCAUACCUGCAUUGAAGUGGAAGACACAUACCAGUGUGAAUGUCCCAGGGGACUGGUUCUAUCAGAAGACAACCACACUUGCCAAGUCCCAGUGCUGUGCAAGUCCAGCUCUAUUGAGGUGAACAUCCCAAAGGACCUGGUUGGAGGUCUGGACCUUUCCCUCAUCAACACUUCGUGCAAAGGUGUAUCCAAUGGCACUCAUGUCAACAUCCAUUUCUCCCUGAAGUCCUGUGGCACUGUUGUAGAUGUAAUAAAUGACAAGAUCAUUGCCACCAACCUGGUGACAGGCUUGCCCAAGCAGACCCCAGGGAGCAACGGGGACAUCAUUGUCCGCACCAGCAAGCUGCUGAUCCCAGUGACCUGCGAGUUCCCGCGUCGCUACACCAUCUCUGAGGGAUAUGUGCCCAACCUCAAGAACUCUCCCCUGGAAAUCAUGAGCCGCAACCAGGGCAUCUUCCCCUUCACCCUGGAGAUCUUCAAAGACAAAGACUUUGAUGAACCCUACAAGGAUGCCCUUCCCACCCUCAAGCUCCGGGACUCACUGUACUUUGGCAUUGAGCCCUUGGUACAUGUCAGUGGGCUGGAGACACUGGUGGAGAGCUGCUUUGCCACUCCCACCUCAAAGAUCGAUGAGAUCCUCAAGUACUACCUGAUCCAAGAUGGCUGCGUUUCGGAUGACUCCGUGAAGCAGUACACGUCGAAGGACCAUCUUGCCAAGCACUUCCAGGUUCCUGUCUUCAAGUUUGUGGGCAAAGCCAACAAGGAGGUGUUCUUGCAUUGCCGCAUCCUGGUGUGUGGAGCACUGGACGAGACCUCCCGCUGCGCCCAGGGCUGCCGGAGACGCCUUCGCAGGUCACCCCAGGCCCAGGAAGAGGAGGAGAAGGAAUCUGUCCACGUGGCAAACCACAUCCUCACAGGUGGCCCCAUCAGAAUCGACUUUGAUGACUAG